AUGAAUUCUUCUCUUGUUUUUGAUAAGGAUGGGAAUGAGUGUUCUGUAGGUGAUGUUGUUGAUGAAAUUAUUGAUAAACUUUCUUUAUAUAGGAGUUGUGGGGGUGAUGGUUCUUCUGUUGUGCUUCGUAAGAAGAAUAGAAAUGUGGCACACGAUAGUUUGGUGAACUCAGUUAAAAGGGGUGUUAAUCCUUUUUACGUUAAUGUGCGGUCGUCUGCUAGGUUUAGAAGAAGGAAACGUUGUAAAUACAUUGUUCCUUCUAAUGUUAGUGCAAAAUCUUCCGUUGAGCCGAAGAACUCGUUGUUUUCGUGCAAGGUUGGUAAUGUCUUGCCCGUAAUGUCUCAUGGGGCAUCUGUCGUAGCGCCUGGUAGAGCAAUUACUGGUAGAAAGGUAUUUGCAGCUUGUCGCGGCAUAACUAAGGCAGUUCUUUUGUUUAAACUGUUUAAGGCGGAAUCGCUGCCUGGUGGAUCGAAGCGAGUGAGAUGUUAUAGGAAACGGAUGCUGAAGAAAGAGGCUAGUGUACUUGGUAGUUUUGACCAUUCAGCCGCAAGCGCGGGACUCGACACUCUUUUUUGGGGUGCCGUUGCGUCAGUUGUCAGAUAUCGUGAUCUAUACAAAAGAAGGUUGUGUGUGAUAUGGAACGAUAAAUUAAAUAGUGGCGAGAAAAUACCCCACCCUUUAUUACUUUUGAGGUCGCUUCCACUGUUUGGUCUUGUAGUGGAAGUCCAAAAGCUGUGGUGGCGAUGCCGUGAUGCGGAGUGUGGCUGUAGCCCGGAGGUUGUGGAGUCCUCAAUGGGGAUUGUUCUUCAUGAGUCUGGUGGAUUCAUAGGCGUGGCACUGUUGGGCUCCUUGGAAUCACUUCGCAUAGGAUUAGAGAAUUUGCGUAAAAAUCCGGAGCAACCGAUAUCUGGAAGGGAGGAACCCAGGAGUGAGGAGUGCGGGGUAACUCAUUUUUCUUCCUUUUGUAGUACUUUCCCCGCUGCGCGUGUUAUUCAAGUAGCGAAAGUGUGUGCAAGUGGUCUGGGACCAGCGGUUCCUGCAGCGGUGCGGAAACCUCAGAGUGGUGAGCUUGUGGUUGCAAGAGUAGCAGCAGAUGAAGUUACCGCCCCCGAUUGUCCCUUCAAGGAACUCAUCGGCCGUUUCCUUUGA